AUGCACGCAUUAGCAUCUACUCACUCAUUCAAUCACAUACACACACUCUCUUACAUGCAAACAACAAUUACAUACACACCCCUCUUACAUGCACGCAUUAGCAUCUACUCAUCAUUCAAUCACAUACACACUCACCCCGUUUCGCAGUCGCUAUUGGACGGCGGCCGACGCUCAUCGUCGCGCCUCGACACGGAGUAUCCGUUGCCUAGCAACCAAGAUCUGUUUACCGGCAAGGUGGCGAGCGUGAAGCAUCUGGAGAUAUAUUUACAUGAGUGCGCAAGAGGCGCCUUUGAACUGGACAUGGAAUACGAAUCACCAGAGCACAUGGUGCAGAGCUGGGUGGCGGGGGUGAGCAGACAACCGCUCAAUGUGCCGCUGGAUCCGUAUGACGGCGUAUCAGAACCCUUGGAGAAGCUCAGCCAGCAGAUAGCUAGUGCACGCGAGAGCAUUCUCGUGCAGGGGCUGUACUCCUGUCUUCUGAGGGGUCUAUCGGUGUCUGCCCAGAAUGUCGCGUCGCUGUCGGUGUCGUGCUCUCAGACUUGGCGCGAUAUUGAAAUCACGGGCCUAUAUAAGGCAGUGACACAGAUGGUGGAUGAUAGUGAG